AUGCACAAUAUCAUCCACAAGGCCAAUGAGGAGUCCUCCCAAUCAGGCUUACUGAACCCCCUUCCCUUCAAUGUCGUCCCAGAACCACGGUACUGGUCCUCCGAAUUCGCCACCACACCCAUUCCAGACGCCACCGACUCGUGCAAGCCUGAUUUAGUCCUCAUGGACUUCAGGCUGAAAAAAAAUGAAUCAGGCGAAAAGACCUGGGCGGAUGUUCUCACUAACAUUGAGAUCACCAAGUCAGAAUUAGUUCAAGGAAAAGAUAUUCCCAUAUUCCUAGGGGUCACCACCAAGGGGUAUCUUAUAAUGCGAGAACAGCCGUGGCGCUGUUUCGUCGUUUUGUUCAGCAUUGCAAACCUCCAGCUCCAUGCUCAUUAUAUGGACUGCUCUGGAAUGAUUAUCUCCCAACCCCUCCCAAUUAAUUCCAAUGCCGUGCAUUUCGUCGAUGUCUUAAAUGCAAUAACACUAUCAGACCUACCUUCCCUUGGGUUCGAUCCUACCAUUCAUGUUUGCACCGACCUCUGCUCCACUGACCCUCACAAUGAUCUUCCUGAGGGUAUAGAUCACAUGCCAGAAGGAACAAAAGGCUGGGUAAUGGACAACGACAGUGAGGUGUACUGGAUCAUGGCCCUUCUAUGGAAGAGUCGUGGUCCAUUUUCGCACGGGACCGUUUGUUAUUGGGUUCAAGAUUGGCAUGGAACAGAGUUCACAUUGAAAGAUUGUUGGGUCGAUGCAGAAAACCUGGAUCAUGAAGUGACACUCCUCCACGCAGUCGAUGGCAUUCCAAAUGUGGUCAGUCUCAAAAAAUAUUGGGACGUCCAGUAUGCUGGACAAACAGACUGCACAGAGAGGAUUCGCGAACACAUUAGUGAAAACCUUCCAGAAUCACCGAUAUACUCUAAUAAGGUUCAUCGUCGCAUGCUAUUGACCCCUUGUGGGCUUCUGCUGACGACCUUCAAGUCCUUACCUGAGCUAGUCAAUGUUUUUCGAGAUCUUAUCAUUGCUCACGAAGCAAUAGUCACCCAGCAAAAUGUUCUACACGGCGACCUCAGUCCCAACAAUAUAAUCAUCCAUGAUGGAAAGGGCUACUUCAUCGACUUCAAUCACGCCAAAUUCCUCAAAAACAAUGCAGCAGUCAAUUCGCGUGGUACUCUCAUGGGAGACAUUCCGCGUCCAUCCAUGAUCGACCACAGAGCCUCUGACGACCUAGAGUCGCUCUUUUAUAUCCUCCUCGAAUUCACAACUACGUACGAAGGACCCAGUGGUAAAGCAUCGGUCGAAGGAGUGCACCCUGUCAAUGCCCCUAGGUGGCGCAAGGCUUACCUGAUGAUGGAUGGAGAUGGUCUCGGGACUAGCGGAUCAUUGAAGAAAGAGUUUCUCACAGAGAAACAUCCGCCCUACGAACUGACACCAUACUUUCGAGCAUGUCGCCCCAUCCUUGAGGAAUGGCGCAAGGCAAUUGAGGAUGUGCUACGCAAUGAACAUGACUUGUCUCACAAUGAAAUCCUCAAGAUUAUGCAACAGGGUCUGGAGAGAAUUCUAAGUUCACUAGGUACCGCAACAUUGCAAAGCAUUGCAUUUUUGCCAGUGACAUCUGUCGCCACUCCUUCUCCUACUUCUCUUCCUCUCCCUGUGCGUCCUCAUCACCCCACUUCUCUCCCUCCUGCUUCUCUCCCACCCCCUCCUAUUGAAGCUAUGACACAGGAUGCUGUUGCUCCUUCAGCUUCUGGCUCCAUGAUAUCAUCAUUUCAUUCCUCUUCUCCUCCCCCCACUUCUGGCCCUAUGACUCGUCUUCAACCUCGUCACUCCGGGCAGAAGAACAAAAUGAUUCUUCCUCCACUCCCAUCAUUGCCAUCUGUUGGCCCAAACGAACUUCCUGGCUCAGGUGCUGGCUCCAUGACUGAGGAACUUCCUACUUCGUUUCUUCACUCAAUGCCUCCCAGGAAAAGGGCCAGACAAGGCUCCCCGGGCGACAAGUCGAGGAAGGGGGCCAAGGUGGCACGGGCAAAUGUCGAUCCUACUCGACGAAGCUCGCGGUCCACGCGAGGUAUCAGUGGUCAUGCUGCCCAACUUCAAAAAACUGGCAAAACUCUAACAGCCCCAACAAGGCGCAAGAAGGCAUCAGACGAUCUCAAUAUCAGCGACUCCGAAGAAAAUCCAAUGGCUCUUUCGCAACUCAAGGGACGCAAGCAAAAAGUCGCAGCCAGCACUCCAAAGAGUUCUGUUGAGCCCGAUUCUUCACGGCCAGAGAGUGAACGCGCUCAUCUCCACAUAGCCCGCCCUUCAGAUAGGUUUGGUUUCAAGCCGUCCCAGUCCCAGGCAACCCAUCCCAUCGGUCAUAAUCACGAGGUAGCUGGUAGCGAAGUCACAGAGGAGGAUUUGGAAGAUCAUAGUGGCUUGGGAGACUUGGAUGAUUUUGACAAGUGGGGGAAGAGUGGUGAUGGUGAUGACCUGAUGGAAUUUGAUGAAACCCAGCCUGGACACAAGGAUGAGCGUACAGAUACGAUCCCUUCUGAUGUCCUUAAACAUCAUCAAGCAAAGAACGGACGUCGCAAGGCUCCUUCCCCAACCUGUUUAUCAAGUAACUCUCGCGGCCACACUCUGACAUGUAACGCCCGUUCGAAGUCUCCUCACCAAUAUUCACACAAACAUAUGCCUCGUCGUCGGUCCCCUGAGACACAUACUUCUUCCACUCGCCUCAAGCCUCCCCAGCGUGCACCUCGAAAAGGGCCAUCUGCAAAGGCUGGUUCUGCCCAUGGUCUCUGCGUUCAAGCAGAGGUCGUCAUCUCACCUCCCGCGGACCAUCUCCUCAUCGACGCUCCCCGACUCAGUCAACAACUGUUUUUGCUCAUUCAAUGUCUCCGCAUUCAAGCAGGGGUCGUGAUCCCACCUCCCAUGGACCAUCUCGUCGACGCUCCCCAACUCAGUCAACGACUGUCUUUACUCGCUCAAGGUCUCUGCAUUCAAGCAGGGGUCGUGAUCACACUUCCCACAGACCGUCUCCUUGGCGAUUCUCCCCGACUCAGUCAACAACCAUUUUCACUCGCUCAAGAUCUUCACAUCGGAGUGCAUCCAGUGGAUCAUCUCCUGGACAUUCCUUGUUGCGGCUACCACACAGGCGAGCCCCUCAAUCCAAUCACUUGCGUUCUGAUACCCCUGUUCCAAGCCAUUCUCACUCCCGUACUUGCAGUCCCACACCUGAAUCAAGAGCAUCAGCAGGCGCUACUGCUCGUGCGAGAAGUCUUAGAUGCAGUUUUAUGGAGUUACCAUUCAAAGAAGAUCAAAAUGGAAAAUGGCUAUUUCCCACAGUACAGUACACAGAUGUCAUGCCUUCUUUGCAACGACUUAUUCACAUUUCGCACCGAGCUCAAGAAAAUCAUCAUAUCUAUUGCGAAACAACUCUACGAUAUCUUCCCCAAAGCCAAUGUGAGGCAGAAGGACGCCAUACAACAGCAUGUUACCAAAGUGGCAUCGAAGUUGAUCAAAUCUGGCGACUAUCUUCGAUUGCCUGACUCGUCAUCGGGCAAGUACAAGAAUUUCGUUUCGCAAGUACUCAAGGACGCAUGUAUCAACUUCUACUACGGUAACGGCAAAAAGGCCCUCAAAUUGACCGAAGAAUUCCGCAAAAUGAUCCCUGUCAAUGCGCUCAUUCUCGUCAGCGCGAUCGCGAAGGGUAUUCUAACUGGGUUCCAUGACACUGGCACCGACAAAGUCCCCGACCUGUCCGCUGACAAAUGCAGGUCUGACUUUGAUGGCCUACAAAAGUCGGUUGACACACUGAUGACGAAUCCUGAGCAUCGUCAGGAACUGGAAAGUAUGCUAGAGGAAUGGGCUGAUGUGGGGAUGAUGGCGAAAAAUGGGGGAAGAGGUGAUAUUCGCGAAUUGCACAAGGAGCUGCUUGGUGUAUCCUCCGUUAUUCAGUCGGACUCUCUCUUCGCCAAGGACCUGAAAGUGAAGACUGAACAAGCAGUUCAAGACACAAUUGUCGCAACCAACAUCAUUGAGGGCUUUAAAAACCUGCAUCAGAGCGCAGCAUAUCUCAAGAAUCAUGCUUCAUUCCCUCUGGAAUUCUUCACCUGUGUCACGCAAGAGAUGCAGGAGCAUUUGCAGUGGUUCAAAAACACUAUCGAAAAAAUUGAGCAGAAACUAUCCGCAUCAGCAUCCCAAUCUCAAAAUACACCCCAAGAUUAG